CGGCCUUGUUUAUCUGGCUGGGGUAGUUAGCGCGGAGUGGCGGCUCGCACCCCGCGGCAGUGCUUCCGCAGGCCGCCUAGCGAUGGCACGCGCGUUUUGCUCCGUAGUCGAUCUUUCACGCGUUCGCGAACUACAUAGGUGAACUUACGACUACUCUCAUAUUUUCACGAAGUCGAUUUUUUCUAUGUCUAAAAAUGACUCUUUUUAUACAUUUAUAUUGUGUGGUAUGGAUAAUGUUAUUGACAGUCUACUGCAGUACGACAGGUCAGGGAUUGCCCAACGGACUGAAUGUAGUGUCCGUUGCUCCUAUAGAGGUUCCUAAUGAAUCUAUGUACCCGAGAUUCGCUGAGCCAAUCCCCAACGUCACAGUAACAGUUGGCAGGGAUGCUUUACUGGCCUGCGUCGUCGAUAACUUAAGAGGAUUUAAGGUGGCAUGGGUUCGAAUGGAUACUCAAACAAUUCUGAGCAUCCAUCACAAUAUAAUAACCCAGAAUCCACGCAUAAGUCUGUCGUACAACGACCAUCGCUCGUGGUAUCUACACAUCAAGAAUGUACAAGAAGUAGAUCGCGGCUGGUACAUGUGUCAAGUCAACACCGAUCCAAUGCGCUCAAGGAAAGGCUACCUACAAGUCGUCGUGCCGCCAUCGAUCAUCGACAAUAUGACAUCCACGGACAUGGUUGUGAGGGAAGGUACGGACGUAACCUUGGUGUGUCAAGCUUCGGGCUACCCCGAACCAUAUGUUAUGUGGAGGCGAGAGGACGGACAGGAUUUUAACUAUAAUGGUGAUUCUGUGGGUGUAGUUGAUGGCGAAACUUUAACCAUAACAAAGGUGUCACGUCUCCACAUGGGCGCCUACCUGUGUAUAGCGUCCAACGGCGUACCUCCAUCGAUUAGCAAACGCAUCAUGCUUAUGGUUCAAUUUCCUCCGAUGCUUUCAAUUCCAAAUCAGUUGGAAGGGGCAUACAUUGGCCAGGAUGUGACGUUAGAAUGUCACACUGAGGCGUUUCCCUCCUCAAUCAACUAUUGGACCACAGACCGCGGAGAUAUGAUCAUUUCCGAAAUGGAAAUUGUAGGUGGCAAAUACGAGGCGUUUCCCGUGGAUAGCGGCUACAACAAGUUUAUGAUGCUCAAGAUUCGCAAUAUUACCAAAGAAGAUUUCGGCAGUUAUAAAUGUAUUGCGAAGAACUCGUUGGGCGAAACGGACGGCAUCAUCAAACUCGAUGAAAUACCAGCACCCCCGUCUGCUUUCACAACUACGCAAAAAUCUAUACUGGAUAAUCAAACGAUCAGAAAAAAAGGUCAACCUCAAAUUGUACAAACGAAUGACGCAGUCAGUUCUACAUUCCAAGGUGUAGCUUUCGGUGAACAAAUAAGAGAUUUUGAUUUCUACGAAGAGGAAAAUAUAGCAACAGAACCGAAAUUAGGGAAAUUAUUAUAUGCGUUACUGCUUUAUCAUCUUAUAAAUGUUACGUUACAAUUACGUUCUUGAUAACAUUAUAGCGAAUGUAAAUAAUAUAUCAUAAGAUGUAAUACUUUUAUGGAUUUCUCGAACAGUGAAUUUCAUUUCUUGCUGAACUGACAAUAAAUAAUUAUUCCAGAUCAACAUUCCAUACUGUAAUACUUUACGCAUUUUUGCAAAGAAAUAUUAAUUUUAUAAUGAGAUAGUAGACUUAUAUCACACAAGAUUUUGUUUGUAGGAACAAUUUGAUACGCUUGUUUAAAUAAUUACGUUACUUAAAAGUGAAUGUUGAUCGUAUAGAAAUGAUAAUAUAAACAUCAAUAUUAGUCAGUGCAACUUCUUAUUUAAUACAAAAUAUUUGCAUAAUUAUGACUAUUACUUAAAGCUAAAGUACAGCUAAUUUUUAAUUUGUGAUAAAAAAUCAAAUUAUAUAAAUACUAAUUUUAUGUUACCAAAGAAAACUGUAAAUAGCAUAAAAAUUAGUAAUAAUAAUUUAUUAUUUCGCCUGCUAAGUAAUUGAAAAUUUUAUUUACGAUUAUAUUCUUGUAACAGCUGCUUUUCUUGAAUGUUAUACAAACAAUUGAACCUAGGAUUUUAAUAUAUUUUGUACGUUUUAUAAUACAAGCGUAGAUGUAUGUUUAAUAUCUAUCUAUUAUAUAAUAUAACAAUACUUGUAUUUUAUAAUAUAUUCAUUUGUUUUGAAAAUAAGUUUUCUACACAUAGCGUUAUUAACGUGUAAAAGUGCAAUUUUUAUAUUUUGAAGUAGCAAUACAAAUAUAAAUUUAAAUAUUUGUGAAUUUCUUUACCUAAUAUGGUACAAUAAACAUUUUUAUGAGUUCAAUAAAAACUAAUUCAUGAUGGCAUUCUAUGUAGAAGACUUAAGAAUUAAGCAAAAAGACGAAAGCACAAAUUCAAGAUAUAAGACUCUGAGUAUUUCAUCUACAAAAUUUUUGUUUACUUAUCUCGUGCUCAGAUGUGUUCUCAAAGGUGUGUGACUUAUGUAAAUUCAUAAACAACACGCAGUAUUGCGACAUUUACGGCACUGUUUGUGCGUUCCUUACAACUUUACUAGGCUAAUAAAACAUUCAUUAUUAUAGAAUACUGUUCAUACAUUAACAUGAAACAAUCUUUUAAAAAAAACAAUCACAUAUUAUUUUGCAGCUUAAAAUAUUUUCCUGGGCUAACUAAACCACCUGACAAAAUCGCAGCGUAAUAAUUAUAAUAUCCUCACCGACCCCCAUAUUUUAUUACGCGUUCUCUAGGGAUUCGCGACCCACAGUUUAAGAAGCCCCGGUAUAAAACGGAUCUUGUCCUUAUUAUGCAAUGACAAAUUGCAUGAUUUAUGUAAUAUAAUGUAUUUACAUUGGUUUAUUUAACGUAUAAAUUCUUUAAAACGAAUAAACCAGUAAGCUAUUUAAAAAUGAUAUUUUUCUUUUCUACCUACAAAACAAAUGCUUCACAAAGAAAAACUUAUUAUAUUUCCAUAGUAAUACAUCGCUUACUAGUAGUUCCAAUUCGAACUAAAAAUGUCCGGUCCGUCAAGAGUAAAUAUUACAACGAAACUAUGUACUGUUUUUGUAUAUAUAAAUGAAUAAUUAAGUAAUGAUAUAUUACUUUAACCAGUGAGCGCCGUUAUUCUUUCAACUGCUCAUGUUUUUAAUUAAAUAUAUAUUUUAGUGUAUAAUUUAUGUAUAAGCAAUUGUAUCACGAAACAUUAAAUAGUUGCGUAAAUUUAAGUUUAUAUAAAAUCAUCCUAAUUAUUAUUCAUCAAAUUUUAAAUAAUUAUAUGUAAAUGUUAGCUUAGAGAUUACCGACCUUAUAGAUAAUAAAAAUGUUUUGUAAUUGCUGCAAAAUGGAACUGCCAAAUACAUGUGUAUAAAAUAAAGCCAUGCUUAAUA